AUGGCUCCAUCCUGGCUUGAGAAAUUCAUCGUCCGUGAGGAUGCAACACCAGAUCAACGACGCAGCACGGAAUCAUCGGCUUUCCAAAUCUACUACACCGCUCUUCCAGGACACCAGCGAAUUCUAACCAUGAAAGGCGAAACAACACCUAGUUACGAAGUGACAAGAAAAGCAGUCCUCGCCGUCUGGGGAGAUAAAUGCUAUGUCAAAUCCGUGAAGGAUGACGUGGAGAUAGCGAUGAUGGACUUUCACACCAUGCCGCCCAAAACCGAGGUCAACUUUACACAACGCAAACACAAGAUCAACAUCAAGGGGAACACGGGACCAUUUCAAGCCAGUGGAGGGAUUGGGGAGGUGCAUUGGAAGCCGACGGGUAUGGUCGUGAAUGGAAAGGCUUCGUGGGAGCUUAGAGAUGAAGGGAAUCUGGUCAUGUCGGUUUCUAUCGAUGAUCAGCAAGUGAAUGGCGUUAUCGAUCUGUGGAAGAGUCAUCUGGAUUCAGAUACUGUCGAGGAACUAAUUGUACUGGGGGUUUCCAAAGUUGAAGAGUACAAGAAGACACUGAGGAACGCUAAGACGUCUCUUGUAUCGGUUAUCCAUGGCUGA